GAUGAUGAUCGGCUCGUGUCGCGAUCGUGAUUUUUUCGCAAGUAUUUCCAGCUUCCUUACAAACUCAGCAACUCUCAACCAUUUUCAAGAAAAAUCUCGAUUUACGUAACGAAUUUCGGCAGCAUUUAACCUCUACAAAUCCCAGUGAAUUUCGCCAAAGUGUGAUUGAUUUCGCGGGGUGCGAGUGUCUUCUGUCGCAGGGAAAAAAGGCAAAGUGGUAGUGGACUUGGUCGUUUGAGUCGUGGCUGUCAAGUCGAUAAAUAAAGACGUGUUUUUUCAUUCACCAAGUUUCCCUGCUUUGGAUUAAUCAGCAUUUUUGGAUUUCGAACAGUGGGACUCUCCACUAUUUAAACAAAAAACGAAGACGAGGUAAAAAGUGAAAGGUAAAUUUAUCAGUCACAAAAUUUCCGAAGCCAUGGAUGACAAUAAUUUUUCGUGGUUAAGACAAAGGUAAAGAUCAGUUGGCCUGAAAAAAAAUACUGCUUGACGGUAUUCAGAUGUUGUGAUUGUUGAAUGUGGAGUGCGAUUUCGCGCCUUUUGGGCAAAAGCAAAUUAGAGGACACGAGUCCCAGUCCUGAAGAUCAGACGUACGACGUUAAAAACGUGCCAGAGGCCAACGAAGUUGUCCAUGUUUUCGAUAAAAUGGAUCGAAAUACGGCCGAUGAACGACGAAAGGGCCUUGGUGAUUAUCCAGCUGGAGGAGGGGACUCCGAACAUCAUCCAGAUUCCCACGAUUCUCGCCAGGCUAAACAACGUGCCUCCGUAAAAUGGCUUCUGUCGAAAGCAUACAACAAUCGAGUCCCCGAUAAACUCAGGGAACCUUAUUAUCGUGAUCAUGAGGAUCAGGAACAUCUGAAGCCGCAGAUCGUCCACACUCUUUCCAAUGCAGAACUUUACUGCAUGGCGUUGGCCAACAUCUAUUCUGACCCGAAUUACCACAAUCAAAAUCAUUCGGGUAUUCUGCAGGCCCUGGCCAGAAAAGGCGUCUACGUAUCGGAAUCGAACACUCAGCUCACCGAAACAAUUCUCAUACAAAAUUCACCGCUGAAGAUGUCAGCGCAUAUGGCUGUGAUAGAAGGAUUGAUGGUCCUUUAUGCGAAGGAAGUAGUGACCGGAGAUCGAGUAGCAUCGGCAAUCAGAAGAUUCGAUCCUCAGGCCAGAGUAGAAGUUCCAGCUGACCACGAGAGGGGACUUUUGCUCUGGAUAAGCCACGCUUCGCAUGCACUGAUUGCCAAAAUCCAAACCGAGGAGGGCGCUGGGGAUAAAACGCGACUGCCAGAGCUUCCAGCAGCCAAAGACUUUCAGUCGCUGUGCGAUGGCGUCGGGUUGGCUGCAGUGGUUGCAUUUUACUGUCCUGGAGAACUUAAUUGGAUGGAUAUUCGAGUCUCGAAAAGGCCAUCGGUCGCUGAUGCUCUUCACAAUUUGUCACUGGUGCACACCUUCUGCACUAGGUGUUUGCCUUAUUCCACUUUUCACAUGCAACCUGAAGACGUCACCUACAUGAGAGGAUCGAUGAAACAAAAUUUGGUCGUUUUCCUCGCCGACAUGUACAACGUCUUGGAAAUCCAUCCUGCCAAGUGUGUGCGAUACCCUGGAGAGGAUAGAGCACAUCAGUUUUUAGAUGCCUGCCCGCGCAAUAGUCACGGCGUAGCUCAUAAACGAAGCCUACCGCAGUCUGUCACUCCGAUUCCUGAUUUGAGAAGCAACCUCUCCAUAUCCGCGCCAGGUUUCACAGUUCCGAAACAAGUGUCAUCCAUGACGGUAAAAAAGUCCCAGUCUUUGCAGCAAACUGCCGAGAGCCAUUCCACAGAAGAAAGGAGAAAUGACGAGAGUUUUGUGGUACAUCGAGGAAAAGGAGUGCCGACUUUGAUGUCUGUCGCUGAUGAAAAGUCCGCAGCUAGAGCAGAAGCCGCUGGUCGGCCUAGUAACUGGGUGGAUACGCGACGAAGUUCAUACGGGGGCAGAAGAUCGAGGAGAAAUAGCAUUACGGACGACUCUCAGCUCACUAUUGAAAAUUUUGGCGGGUCGCAGGACAAUCUGCACAAUUUUGGAAGGAACCCCGACAAGGAUGUGGGAGCUCAAGUGGGAAAGUGGAAUCCGACGGAAGUAACACCGACGCUUCCAGCUCGUUCGAGUGUCCAGGAUGUUUAUGGAAGUGGCGUUCAGUUAAUUCUCGCCGACAAUGGUUACAAUAAUGAAGAACCUCCACCACCAAGGCUGAGAAGGCACGCUUCCAAUUCAAGUAUGGAUAGCACUGGGCUCAAAAGCACUCUACAACAUUCCAGCGAGAUCGAUAAAACCGACGGAGAAAUCACGAAACUUGCAAGUUUCGCGAAUCUUGGUAGGCAAACUGCCGAAAAGGUCAUUAAUUUUACUUAUACGGAGCAGGAGAAAGAAGAGGCCCUUGCAAAAUCAAAUCUGGCGAAUAAAAAACAUGUUCAGACGAACGGAAAUGGUCUCGCCGAAAAGAAAACGUCUUUUGCGACUCUGCCUAAUACGACGACGUGGCAACAGCAAAGCAACCAACAAAAUCAACAGAAUGAAAAUCAAUCUGCUGAUGAGGGUGGUAAUAACACUGUGAUGGCAUCGCAACUAAAUAAUAUCAGACUGAAAUUGGAAGAAAAGAGACGACACAUAGAAAACGAAAAAAGAAGAAUGGAAAUCGUGAUGUCGAAACAAAGACAAAAAGUCGGGAAAGCUGCCUUUCUGCAAGCGGUCACAAAGGGUAAAGUUAAGUCUCCUUCAUCAUCGGCAUCUGGAGGAGACAGUCCUGUGGAGGUGGGUCCCCCCAAUCCCAUAAACUCCGGAUCUACCGGGGAAUCUCCAGUUAGCAAUGCUGAGACGUCCUCCAUACCCCAACAAAUAUCUCAAGAAAAACCUCAACGUCCCUUCUCACUCAAGGAAAUUAGCGAAGAUGUUAGAGAUGUGGAACACAAGUGGCUGGAGCAGGAUGGAAGUGCACCUUUUGUCGAAACUCGACGCACGCCUGACAUCGAGAAUAUGGAUCUUGAUCAAUAUCAUCAGUCUAUAUCACAUAUGAAUACUAGUCUAAGCGAAAUUCAGGCGGACAUUCAACGCCUCGCGAGCCAGCAGAAUCAAAUACAGCAGCAACAUUUAAUGACACAGCAUCAGCAUCAAAUGCAGCAACAAUUGCAACAACUGCAAAGUCUUAGUCAACAACAGCACAUACCGCAGAGUUAUGGCGUUCAAACGUCGAAUUCUAUGACCGCGCGAAUUCAGGAACCACAACAAUCUCAAUUUUACCUUCACGACCAACCACAACUGCCAAGAAGAACGUGGGGUUCGCCAUUGCCGGCUCAGAGUUUAGCGAAUGAAAUGGCCGCCGUUGGUUAUCAACCUCCCAUUGAUUCUCGAUUUAACACCCAACCAAUUGUUUAUCAACAAGAUCCUCGCCUUUAUCAAGAUACAAGAUCUUGGGGUGUGCACCACUUACCUCAGCAGAAAGGAUUCGUUCUGCACGACACUUCUCAGGAGCAACGAUAUCUCAACGGCGGAGAUCAUAGUCUUUGUAAUAAUCAAAUUAAUCAUCCGGCGCCUAACUACCCGACGUCUACGUCUUUGUUCAACCAAACGCCACCUUCCUCUGCUAGUCCUCAGCAUCGAAACGCUGUUCAUCGGAUAAGUCAGUUGAUGAGCGAAAAUCCAGAAAUAAAAAGGCCAACUGUUCAUCAUGUUCCAAUUACAUGCGAAAGUCCAACGGAAAAAAGGCAAACUGCUACGAUGCACACGCCCGUCCCAGCCCCUCCAGUCGAUGAUAUGGAACCCCAAAAUAUAUCCUUCAUUGGAAAUGACGAUGAUCUCUCACAGGAUAUACGAAAGCACAUUACGUCAGGCAGUAGAACUUACAGGAUACCUUCACCAACGAGACCUUCCAUAUCUAGAAAUUCGUUUCAACCUCACUCUUCCCUUCGAGAAACGACACCUUCGCCUUCUGCGGCGCCGGAUAUCACGCCAAAUGAACCUAGUGAAACUGCAGAGAAGGGAUUUUAUAUAUCCUUCGAUAAUGACGCACCUAAGAAACCAAAACCAACGCUUCGGCAGAAAAAAGCAUCUCCGAAAAAGGAGAGAAGUGUUUCCUCGUACUUGGAACACGAAGACUUUCCCUCUCGAGCGGAGUCUCCGCCAGUGAAUUCCUCGGAAAGGCCGCGACAGACGGACGCUCAAAGAAACAUGGAGAGAGAAAGACAGAGACAAGUCGCUGAACGGGAUUUCCAACGUCAGGAAAUGAGGGACCGUGAACUCCAGAGGGAAAUCGAGAGGGACCGUCAGAGGGAGAGAAAUCGAGACAGCAGCGCCGAUGGCCGACAAGCUACCGGAGUCGGACUGGUUAUAGGAAAUCAAUUAGCAAAUCCUGAUCCCAAUUCUCUGGACGAAAUGGAACGCAAGAAGGAGAGAAUAAUGCUUUUGUCUCUCCAGCGAAGGCAGCAGCAGGAAGAAUUGAAGGAACGCAAAGAGGCUGAAGCUCAAGCUAGAAGAGAGGAAGAGAAAUUUAAAGAGGAAGAAAGAGCGAGGAAAAAGGAUGAAGAGAGACAGAGGAGAGCGGCGAUUUUAGAACAGUAUAAAUUAAAGAAAGCGAUUGAAGAAGCUGAGAGAGAAGGUAAAGUCCUCGACAAAGAUUUGCUAAAUGCAAUAAAGCCGACAAAACUCCGGAAUAAAGUAACGACGAGUCGUCCUCGACCGAAAACGAUUCAUGUCGACGCUGGUGCGGAAUUGGAUUCGGGAGCUCUCACCCCAAGUCGAGGAAAGAAAGGUUCUUCCUCGAAUCUCAGCACUGCGUCGCUGACGUCCCCGACGAUGAGACGAGAUUACUACCGAGGAUCGCAGGACAGUCUAACUGCCGCGCAUCUCGACGACCGCCGAUCUGGCCCACUUUACCGAGGGGGCAGCCUCAGGGUAUCUUCCGUAGAUUCGCCCGACGAUGGUCGAGGAUCAUCUCCAAGUCGAAGCACGAAUCAGCUUGGACGUCGUGGUUCCUACAAAACUUCCCGAGAUACGCAGGAGCCUCAGCAACAGGUUAGAGGCAGGCCUAAAUACCCGACUUACCAAAACUUUAAGGGGAGAAAGUCUAAUUCCUUGAUGAAUUUGUGCGAUACAGAUAGUGGCCUGGGUCGAGCAACGCCUCCUAGACGAGCACCGAGUCCUGGAAUGGGUAGCAUGAGGCAUUUGCCAUCACCUUCUGGACCAGGUUCGCUUCCACCUGGUCUCAUGACCAAGAGGAGAGUCUUCGAUGAUGGAAGUAGUGAUAUUAGCAGUACUCCCAGUUCCAUGAUGGAUUACAACGGACCCCGGCUUUAUAAGCAACCAACGACAAAGUCGAACCGAGGCAUCAUGUUAAAUGCUGUCGAAUAUUGCGUUUUUCCGGGCACUGUUAACAGGGAUGCAAAAAGAAGAGUUCUCGACGAAAUCGCCAGAUCCGAGAGUAAACACUUCCUCAUUCUUUUUCGGGACGCCGGUUGUCAAUUUCGAGCUCUCUAUUCCUAUUGUCCAGACCGAGAAGAUAUCACAAAACUUUACGGCACUGGGCCCAAGCAAGUCAUCGACAAAAUGUUCGACAAAUUUUUCAAAUACAAUUCGGGCGGAAAGUGUUUCUCGCAAGUUCACACGAAGCACCUGACUGUAACCAUAGACGCCUUCACGAUACACAACAGCCUCUGGCAAGGGAAAAAAGUGAAUCUGCCCAAUAAGAAAGACAUGGCCCUCGUCAUAUAGCUUUUAGGCAAGUGUCACCUUUAACAAGUACGCUACUGUGCCCUCUGUUGUUCAUAGUUACUAUUUUAAUACAGGCCCAUAUUAAAAUUAACGCCAAGCGCCGCUACGUUAAUUAGUUAGUUUUAUAAGGGAAAAAAACCGAACGGUGUUGACUUUAAUUCAUCAAAAAAGCGCCUUACUUUUAAGCGAUCGUUACCAGAAUCUUGUUAUGUUUUCAAUUCUCUACAAUUCUUUUCAUUUUUUUUUCUUUUUUCAUUUUUAAUACUAUUUACAUUAUUACUUUUUGUACUGCCGUCAGCACCGCUCGACAAUCGGUAUUUCUACUCUAGGAAAAUCGAUCACAAUCUCGGAUUAACGACGCGCAGCGAACGACCGUACGACUGACAUAUGUACUAUAUUUAAUUUUUUUAAUUUUACUUCGGAUCCGCGAUGGAAAGAAAUUCAAGUGGCGUUCGUACCGAUUUUCUCACUCAGGCCAGAUAAGGAAAUAUUUUCGAAAAUUGGUAAUUAAAAUAUGCUAUAGAGGAUUGUAAAGUGGAAAAUUGGUUUCAAGAUGUGUUUACUUGAAAUCAGAUACUAUGUAUAUUAAUAGCAAGUUAACGUCGAAGUAAAUGUUUUGUAUCCAGUGAGAAUAGAUUUCGAAAAUGAUAAAUCAUUCCUCAGUGAGUUAAAAUUUGUUGCAUUUCUACUAAAUCGUCCCUAAUGUUGGCCGCGAUGUGUUUUGUAUUAAUAAGAGAAAUGAUCGUUUUUCUAUAAACAUGACGACUUGGAUUAUUUAUUCUAAUUCCAGAAAAAAAUAAUAGCUGUCUUUAGAAUCUCGAACACUUUCGUUGUACUUUUGACGUCAUUCGGACGCGAAAUUUCCAUUUCCGAUUUUAAAAAUCUUCGACUCGUCGUUGUAAUUUUAUCGAGUGUAACUCACAUUUUGAAUUUGAGCAUUUCUUAAAGUUUUUUAAAAAUACCAUAAAAGAAGUGUGCAUGUGCGGUUUUUUUUUAAUUCAUCCGAAUAAUCAAUAAUUUUCAACAUUCCUUUUAAUUACGAACUGAAUUUCUAUUUUGAAAAGGCGCAUUAGCUUGAGAAACUUAAACGUGUCAUCAGUCAAAUUUUGACCUCGGCUUGGCAAUUUUCGUACAAGUUGAUUUGGAGGACUCACAUGUUUUUAAAAACACCCUACCUUAAUUUGAUUUAUCAGAAUCUAAAUUCGUUCGAAGCUGUAAAUAUAUGAGAGGCGUAUUUUUGGAUAUAAAUGAGAAAUACAUUAAAAAACUGUUUCAAAAGUGAAAGGAAUUGAGUGUAAAUGUUCCGAAUGAGUCCUCCGAAAAUGAUGAUUAACAUAUCGAUGUCUAUACUUCAAAAAAAGAAAUUCACGGCGAACGUACUUGAAUGCAUUUUCUGAGUUCCGGAAAUUAGUAUUUUUCGCGUGAAAGAGAUUCUUUCGACAUUUCCACAAAGAGAGUAGGCAUGACAAUAUAUCUACCGAACAAAAAGAUAUAUACGCCAUAAAAGAUUUUUAUUUCUGUCUUUAAUUUAAGAAACGAUGUGCAAGUGAUGAGAUUAAUUAUCAGUGGAAUGAAUAAUGCUGAUUAAUAAUAAUAAUAAUAUUAAUAAUAAUAAUAAUAAUUUAGUCACUAAUCUUAAGUCAGUGGAGAAAAUCGGUUAGAAGCAAAGAAAUAUGAAAGAAGUAAAAGAAUAAAGAAGGUGAGAAAGGAGAAAAGGGUUAUUGCUUGUGCUUGAUAUUUAUAUUUUUUUAAAAAGCGUUCGAGAUUAGCGAGGCGUUCGACCUGGCGUAAGUUUGUGAAAUAAGAAUUGAAAGGAGGUGAAAAAGAGAAUAAAAAAAUACAUGCGAGAGGCAAGAAACAGUGGCAACUCAAAUUUGCAAAGAGGCAUGACUGUAGUGCAACGCGUUUGUUGUAUGUUGCAGUAAAUUGCGCUUAUCGGUAAUAAUAAAUAAUAAUCUUUA